AUACACCAACCAUCAUAAAACGCCCUUUUCUUUUCUUUUUCUUUUCUUUUUUUUUUUCCCUUGCUUGCUUCUUUUUGUUCUUUCCAUGUUCAAAAUCACACCACAAUUAUAUGACAAGAUUAAGCAUUUUGCUCGUUUUCCUCAAACAGGCGUUUCCUUAAAGCAAAUGGUCAUGUUUGGUCAGAAACCCUCGCCAGCAACAUUUUUUAAGGCGAGUCAAUUUUUACACGAGGAGUUACCUAUCCGACUUGCUCACCGAGUCAAAGAAUUAGACGAACUUCCUCGAAGUCUUGGUGAUAUGCCAUCCAUCAUCAAGGUAAAAAACUGGUACGCACAAUCAUUUCAGGAGCUCAUUGAGUUGUCGCCACCCGAAUUGAGCACAGAGAUGAAGUCAUCAUUUAGGAACGCAACAAAGAGCUCACAUGCAUUUCCACAAAGUAUACCAAAUUUGGCUAUUCCUCAAAUUAAACCCGUAACAAAUUAUCAUCCGAGUGUUGCAAUAGGUCACAGGUACUACAAUAAUUUUGAAAAUAUUGAAUGUACACCGCCUAUUCUAGCCUACACAGACUCUUUUGUAAAGACGAUUGAAGGUGUGAAAAGAAGACAUGAUCCUGUUGUUACUACAAUGGCUCAGGGUAUUAUGGAAUAUAAACAGCAUCGAAAGUCCAACAUGAUCGAUGCAGAUGUGCAGCAGUUUUUGGAUCGCUUUUACAUGUCAAGAAUAGGUAUUCGAAUGUUGAUAGGACAACAUUCGGCCUUAUACCGUGGUCCCUUUAUGCGAAAUUAUGUAGGUGUUAUUUGUACAAGGACAAAUAUCAAGGAAAUUGCUCAAGAUGCCAUUGCCAAUGCCAGGUUUAUUUGCGAAGAUCAUUAUGGUCUAUUCAGAGCCCCAGAGGUACAAAUGUUUUGUCCCGGUGACAUUGAGUUUAUGUAUGUGCCAUCCCAUUUAAAUCAUAUGGUCUUUGAACUCUUGAAAAAUUCUUUGCGGGCUGUCGUUGAAAGGUUUGGUCCAGAUUACGAAGACGAAUAUCCACCCAUAAAACUGGUCAUUGCUCAUGGCAAAGAAGACAUCACAAUCAAAAUUUCCGAUGAAGGAGGAGGAUUACCACGAUCUGGUAUUCCUGUUGUAUGGACAUACAUGUAUACCACUGCCCAGGCACAGGAAUUAGAGCCAGAAUUUAACAAGUCUGAAUUCAAGGCUCCCAUGGCAGGAUUUGGUUACGGCCUACCUAUUUCCAGACUAUAUGCCAGAUAUUUUGGAGGUGAUUUAAAGCUGAUUUCAAUGGAAGGGUAUGGAACAGAUGCAUAUCUUCAUUUAAAUCGCCUUUCAAACAGUGAUGAGCCUUUGAUCAUCCUGCCUUGACAAUAAAAAAAAAAAAAAAAAAAAACGCAGCUUUAUAUCCCCCUUCCCCAUAAUAAUCGUUGCAAGAUAAUUAUUGGCAGCCCAAAAUAUCCAGUUUAGGAUCUUGUGAUUUUAAAAACACAAGUCUCUACACACGUCUAAAAAAAAAAAAGAUUUGUGUUCAAUUCACGUGCUACACUAUUUUAACUUUUUCUAGAUUUCACGGGAUGAUCAAUUUUUAAUUUUUAUAAAAUAUGCUUCACUAUUGGCACAUGCUACCACUGACAAUUAAUAUGUUCGGAUUCACUUAUAUAUACCCCUGGGGUGCUUCUAUUUAAAGUAAAUGCUCAACCAUGAUAGAUAGUCAAACCAUGACAUCAGUCAGCUCUUGUUUAUCACGCUAUAAAAACACAUUCGUUCACAUACCCUUCUUCUUUUCGUUACCUUUUUUUUUUAAUGCGUAACGCUAUCUUUAUGAAAGAAGGUAAUAAACAUUGUAAAAAGGUC